UCAACUUCCGCACUACUCACCGUCGCACCAUCCUCUCAACCACCAACAAGUCGACAUCCUCCACACUACUCACAUCCCCUGAGAAGCAACCCUCUUUCCGCCCUCAUCUUUCCUAAACUUCAGGCGCUCGGUCUGCUGCUCGCCCCACGCGGCCUUCGCCAUCUUCUCCCACUGCUUGUGCGCGAAGGACUCGGCGUCCUCGUCGUCCGCGUCGUAGUUUGCGUCGUCGUGGGGCUCGGUGGCUUCGGUGUUAUUGCCGGAGGAAGGGGUGGUGGGGUUCGUGGUGGGGUUGUUGGAGGGCUUGGUGGUGGGCUUGGAACACCCUUGGGGAUUAGGGAGGGACGCGUUGGUGGUGGUGGCAGUAGUAGUCAUUUUGACUUUUCUUUGGGU